CUUUUUUUUUAUUACACAAUCUUAUAUAUAGACAACCAUGACAAGAACAGACUCUCUCCCUGUUAAUCAUAUACCCAACACUAUUGCCAUUGAACCCUAUUGGAAACAACACAAGAAAUGGCCCACUUCAGAAAAUACAAUGUUAUCGCAGUAUGAUAAGGAUUCAGUAGUAGUCUACCAAACGGUCUCGAAGGAAGUAGCAGCAUAUGGGGUAAAGUAUCAAGAAUUGAUUGGAUCGGACGGCUAUGCAGGAUUGAGGAAGGAAAGGAAAAGGUGGACGAGGCUACCAGAAAUCAGACAUCCAGUAUCGAUCUAUCCGAGCUUUUUAGGCGCGCAAUAUGCUUGGGAAUGGAAUUCCAAGAUCAACGAAGCAUCUAUAAGACAACAACGAACUCUGGCUAUUCGAAUACGACGAGAAAUAUACGAUGAAUGGCUUAAGAUGGCAAAACAAGACGAUGGGGAAGAAUUAUAUGAUUAUGAUUUUUGCGAUAAUUGUAGAUAUCCAGAUUACCACUGGGUAUUCGCUGAUGCUUCUUACAAGGCCCGAAACAUGUCACUGCUGACUUACUGCUGGAUAAAUGAUAUGUAUCCUGUUUUACCUCUGGAUGGUUCUUCUCCUCAUCAAAGAUUGCCACGCAAGGUGAUGCGAUUGCUACUACGGGGUUCCAUGGUCAACCAAUUUGUUUCUCCUCAUACUAUUCUCUCUAUUGAAGAUAUCACUCCUUUUGUUGUUGAAAUGCGUUCAAGAUUAACUGAUCACAAAUCAAACAUCAAAGAUAUUUGGACUCCUUCUGAACGUGUCUAUGAUUCUCCUUUGGUGAAUUCUUUAUUUUAGUUAUCUUCGUUUAGUUAUUCCU